UCUGCUCCUCCACACCGUCAUCCAUUCGCAGGAGGGCUGGGCACUCAGGAGUUUGGCCCCAUGAAGUUCUUCUUUUUUCUCACUGUUCUCCACUGCCUGAUCCUGAUGAACUCAGGCGACAUCCCUCCUGGAAUUCGGAAUAUUAUCUGCAUGAUGCAGCACGGAACCUGCAGACUCUUUUUCUGCCAUGGCGGUGAGAGGAAGGGGGAGAUCUGCUCCGACCCUUGGAACAGGUGCUGCAUAUCCACUGCAGAGGAAGAGAGGAACAAUAAACUGGAGAAAAGUGACAAAGCUGACAUGGAAACUUCCGGAAGGCGGCCAGAACCUUCAAGUCCCCCAAGGGCUUAGAAGGACAUGUGGCUUACUUAGGUGCUCAAUAAACCUUUCCUG